AUGAGCAGUCGGUCCGAGGUUAUAGCUCUGAGCUUUAACCAUAUUGUGUUACCUCCCAAGCUUCCUGGAAAGCAAGACAGCGCAGUCGAAGAUGUGGAGAGGGACUUGGCCUCGCGUCUAUUCGAUGCAGCUGCGGCACUCGAAGAUAGCCCCGGCAUUUCACAAUGCUUAGGUUAUCUCGCGAAGACCUUGGAGACAGCCAGGCUUGCAAACGAGGGUCGAUAUGUGAGCAAGGCAGUACUCCUGGAAGCGUUCAAGGAUAUGCGGGCUCAUGCUAUUGUUUUGCACAUCGCAAAUCAAAAUGCGGGGCUUCUCAUACGAUAUUCUAGUGACGGAGGAGAGGUUAUUGUUGAAGCCUUUGAGGCGUCUCCAGCCGCCGAGGAGACUCUAAAAUCACAAGGUUCUUUACAGUGGGACUUCCCUGGAGUAGCAGUAUCCAUACCUCCCUCGGAAUUUGAAAAUCCUGUUUUUCAAGACAGUCUCACGACAUUCUUAGAGAAAGCCAGCCUUGAGGUUCUUGAUGAAUUUUCCGCCAAAACGCAGAAGGCUGGAGUGACGGUCUCUGAACAGCGUGACACUUCUGAUCCUGCUUUAAUCACGCAAUUCCUGAUGACGUUACUUGAGACAAACGGUGCACGAAUACAUCCACCAGUACUUCGAAAACGCGUCCGCGAUGAUGUCUGUUGGGACAAUUCGGAGCUUCCAUGGAGACGAAGUCCAUACUGGCUUGUCCUCCGAGUGUGCGUACAACGACUGCUUUAUUUGACCAUUGGUGAUCAGAUUGGGCGUGCGCAGUAUAAGUUUAUGAUGUGUUUUGUACUAGCCCGGCUACUUGACCAGUCUGUUGAUUUAUUAAGCCCAGAAUUGUGCACACUGCUCAAAACCAAACUUUGCCGCCGUCUAGCCAAAUUAGAGGCAGAUAAAGCCCACUCAAACCCAACCUUGCGCCCCAUGUAUGUGCAUCUUUUCGGGACGAUUGGACUUCUAUGCCAACGAUCUAUUGAUAACGCCGCGGCGAUUAUUGAAAAGGGUUGGGCUUCGUUUAAAAAAGAAAUCCAGCGUCAAAUACCUCGUCUACCGCUUCGGGCCGAUGAAAAAGAUCUAUAUUUGACACUGCCUAACAGCACCCGAUACCUUGAGCAAAUCCUUCAUCAGCCUCGUCCCAAGAUAUCGCCACAGCUGGUUGUGAGUAACGAUGUUCUUGCCAAGAGCACAACAGGACACUUUGGGGGGUUGACUGCUCAGUGCCUUACACUCGUGGAUUUUGAGAUGAGCGUCGAAUCCAAUCUACCUCCCGUGCCUAGUUCAGACGCUGAGCUGGAAAAGCUAUGUAUGAGCCUGGCAACUCGAAUCGAAGAUUACUCGAAAGCCUUUGCGAAUGCAUGCGAUGAAGAUUCGGAGCAUUUAAGUAUUUUCGUCCUGAACAUAUUCGAGAUGUGGGUUCACAUGGACAAAUGCGCGACGCUUUUGUUCCCUUUGUUAAAGAGAUAUCACCCAUGCUUCCACCCAGAGAUGCUUGAUAUAUUGUUAUUAUCACAAUUAAGCGACAUGAAGCGCCUUCAAUCCAUUCAGUCGUACCUGCAUCAGCGUUGCACACGGGCCCGAAAUGGGAAAAUGACUAUUUUCUCUGACCCCGUGCAAGGCUGUUUUGCGGAUCGCUACCUCAAAUCUGAUGCUGCCGCUAAUCUCCAGAGAUUGGAACACCGUAUCAAAGCCGACUCCCAAUCGGCUCGAAGCAGAGCGGAAGCUGAACUAAAUAGAGUGAAUGCCAAAUAUCGGACGCUCACAGAACAGAAAAUGCAAAGCAUAUGUACCCGAAAGCAGCACGCAGAUGGAACCCAUGACAUCCAAGGCUGUUCACACUGUUUUUAUAUACGAUCUCUCAGGCGCCUCAAAAUUGCGGUCCACGAGGAUUUUCUCCCUCAAGAUGAUGUCCAAAAGCGUGCCGUCCUAUUUGAGUUGGGAGUUCCAAAUUCAUACUCGGUUUACCGUAAUACGACCUGGAAUAUUUUCCUUACGCUGUGUCCCAAGCCAGGGCAUUCGACUACUAAACCGCCAGAAAAGUUACUCUGCGAAUAUUCCCAGCUCAAGACAUACAACAACAAAACUGUGUACCGUGGUUUCUCUCUAGCAUCGGAUACCAAAUCAUGGUUGGGGACCCAUUAUAAGGGGAAAAGACUACCCGCAAGUGCUACCGCGGUUUUGUUACCUUUAGGACUGAUCUUCUCGUACUACGACUCGUCUCGUAAAUUAUGGGCUAAAAACUUGCCUUAUCCGUUGAAUUUUUCACAUCGGUACAAAAUUAAUUUACCCAAGGAGCUCCCGUUUUCAAGCCUUUACUCGUCUCCUGCAUUUGCACCUGAUGGAGCUGGCCCUUCCUCAUAUGAGGUCGUUGCAAGUAUAAACCAGUGCCCUUCUGAACUUACAGUACACGAGUUCACAGCACACCAGGCUCUCUUUUCGGGAAACAAUAGACGCUGGAUCUCUAUUCUCACUGAACUCGGUUCUUCAAAUCUGAAUUUCAGCCUUAAGGACACCAUGGUUCUCUUGCAUCACCUUGCCUUGCAAGUGGGACCUAGGCUUGAAAGUGAUAGCCUCCGAGUGGUCCAUGUUAUUUUCAGGGACGCGUCUUUUUGCAGCCAGCUAAUUGAGCAAAUUGGCAAGCACCUUAACAUUAUUUCCCCUAAUUGGCGUGAAAAUAACUAUAUGGAGACCUUACUAACGCUAACUAUCCGGCUAUGCAAUCUUGGGAAUGAAGAAAUGAUGGCACAAGCUAAUGGGCUUCUGAUGAAAAUUCGUCAGGUAACGCUCACCUGGAUUGCCCUUCUGCGGGACGAGAUAAGAAACGCCAAAGAAGCCGAUGUCGCUGAGCAAGCCGCCCGAUAUGGUUUUAUGGCUGCGCUACUAUGCCGCAGGACGUUUACCUCCCAGGCAUAUGGUGAACAGGAGUUAGAUGCAAAGUCAUUUGAAUGUUUUGUCGAAGCUACUCUCGCUAUGCAAGAGAACCUGGUUGUAAACCUGAAUAAAUUCUCAGCAUCAACCCACAACCUGUUGUGUCACAGAUCGUACAUUUCCACUUGCUUGAAGGCCAUCUAUUAG